GUUCUCGAUCUCAAGCCAAGACAAGUACCAGUCCAUUGAACAGAGCUACAAUCAAUGCUAUUGUCUGAUUGUAGAGCUGAAAUAAAUGAGAAAAGGAGCUGCUCUGAGAUUUCCGUUCAGUCCACUUUCUGAAUUCAGCUCAUGUGGCCACGGGGACUGGGAGUCUUACGCAGUGGUUGCCUCAACGUUUGCUUACAAACUCGGUGGACUCACACAAAUAUUUCCAUCAUGUCCCAGCCUUUGGUGAAUGCUUCUUGGCUGAAAGCUGCUCUCUCAAACGGCUCUCGCCCCGACUUGAGGGUCAUCGAUGUCAGCUUUCCCAUGCCGGGUCAGAAGAUUGACAUGCAGCAGGAGUAUCUGAAGAAACACAUUGCUGGCGCAACUUUCUUUUCGUUGGGCAAGGUCAAGGACACGGAGUCCAAGUAUGCACUGAUGUUACCCUCUCCAGAGGUGUUUGCGGAUCAUGUUGGAAAGGUUCAUGGUGUCAGUAACAACACUCAUGUGAUCGUUUACGACAGGAAUGUCAAGUUUGGUCUCUUCUCAGCAUGCCGUCUUUGGUGGAUGUUCCGAGUGUUUGGUCAUGACAAUGUCUCCGUUCUUGACGGUGGGUUGGAGAAGUGGUGCAGUGAAGACGGUGCAACUGCUGACGGUGAAAUGCCGACUGUAGAGGCUGGUACUUUUGUUCCAACCUACCGGGAGAAUUUGGUCAGGGGGUUCGCUGACGUUGCCGAGGGACUUGCUGCUAAAGCCUUUCAGGUUUGCGACGCACGGAAUGCACCUCGUUACAAUGGUGAAGCUCCAGAACCUAAUCCAAAGCUUCCCAGUGGUCACAUGAAGGGCGCUACCAAUGUACCUUUCUUCAAUAUGUUGGAUCCGGAGACGAAAACUCUCAAAUCAGCGGAUGCCAUAAAAGAGGUGUACGCAUCGUUUGGCAUUGACUUGAACAAGCCCACCAUCAUGACCUGUGGAAGUGGCGUGACUGCGACUGUCUUGGCAUUCACAGCCUUCAUGGCCGGUCAACAGAGCAUUCCAGUAUUUGAUGGGUCAUGGACUGAAUUUGUGCAACGCGCCACCCCAGAGCAAGUUGAAAGCCUUCAAUUUCCUCUUGGUGAGGCCUAGUCCUUCCCACAAUCCACCUGGUGAGACUUGCAUCGAUUGGUGACCUAUCUCAUCCACUGACGUAGAUAUAGUUUACUUCGCCCUCCUUUUCUCUGCAUCUGCGUGGUUUGUGAUUUGAUAAUAGAAAUGUCUUCCUUUUCAUACCAUAGUUUAGGCUGGCAAAGCAUUGUUGUGUUGUGAACAAGGUUAUUCAAGCAAUUUUAAAAAUAAAGAAUAGCUGCAUUUA